AUGACUGGGCGCAGCGAUAUGGAGCCGCCCGCAGCUUUCUCUGGCUUUCCUGCCCCGCCCUCGGUCGCGCCGUCGGGGCCGCCGCCGUCGCCGCUCGCCGGAGCCGAGCCUGGGCCGGAGCCCGAGGAGGCGGCGGCGGGCCGCGGGGAGCCGGAGCCCGCGCCGGCACCCGGCCCGGGCCGGCGGCGGCGGCGGCCCCUGCAGCGCGGGAAGCCGCCCUACUCAUACAUCGCCCUCAUCGCCAUGGCGCUGGCGCACGCCCCGGGCCGCCGCCUCACGCUGGCCGCCAUCUACCGCUUCAUCACCGAGCGCUUCGCCUUCUACCGUGACAGCCCGCGCAAGUGGCAGAACAGCAUUCGCCACAACCUCACGCUCAACGACUGCUUCGUCAAGAACAGCAUCCGCCACAACCUCUCGCUCAACGACUGCUUCGUCAAGAUCCCCCGCGAGCCGGGCAACCCGGGCAAAGGCAACUACUGGACGCUAGACCCGGAGUCGGCCGACAUGUUCGACAACGGCAGCUUCCUGCGGCGCCGCAAGCGUUUCAAGCGGCAGCCGCUGCCGCCGCCGCAUCCACACACGCACCCGCACCCGGACCUGCUGUUGCGCGGCGGGGCUGCAGCGGCGGGGGACCCCGGCGCAUUCCUGCCGGGCUUCGCGGCUUACGGCGCCUAUGGCUACGGCUACGGGCUGGCGCUCCCGGCCUACGGCGCACCCCCGCCGGGCCCGGCCCCACACCCGCAUCCACACCCGCACGCCUUUGCUUUCGCCGCCGCCGCCGCCCCUUGCCAGUUGUCGGUACCCCCGGGCCGUGCCGCGGCGCCACCAUCCGGACCUCCGACGGCCUCGGUGUUCGCGAGCGCAGCCUCAGCUCCGGCCCCUGCGCCUGCUCCGAGUGCAGGGUCGGGCCCGGGCCCCUCGGGCCUGCCAGCCUUCCUGGGCGCGGAGCUUGGCUGCGCCAAAGCCUUCUACCCCGCAUCCCUGAGCCCUCCCGCAGCAGGCACCGCACUCUUGCGCCCCGGCCUCAAGACGGACGCGAGCGGAGGGGGCGCCGGGGCCGGGCAGAGGCCUUCCUUCUCUAUAGACCACAUCAUGGGCCACGGUGGCGGCGGGGCAGCACCCCCGGGCGCCGGCGAGGGCUCCCCGGGGUCGCCGUUCUCGGCCGCGGCGGGUCCUGGGGGUCAGGCCCAGGUCUUGGCCAUGCUGACUGCCCCGGCCCUGGCUCCAGUGGCCGGCCACGUUCGCCUCUCGCACCACGGGGACGCUCUCCUGUCCUCAGGACCCCCGUUUGCCGGCAAAGUCGCAGGCCUCAGUGGCUGCCACUUCUGA